UUACACAAGAAGUAUUAACUAUGUAGCUGACAAUUCAGUUGUAUAUACGAACAGAUCGUUAGCUUAUUUUAAAAUGGGAGCCUUUGAAAAUAGCCUUAAGGACGCCUUGAAGGCAAAAGAAUUAGACGAAAAUAAUUUGAAAAGUUAUUAUAGAAUAUGCGAAGCGUAUAAAUCGUUGAAGGAUAUAGAUAAUUAUGAAAAGUAUUUAGAAUUAUAUAAUAUGAAGAAAAAUAAAAAGGAGAAUAAUGAAAGUAAUAAAUCGAACAUUGAUAAGAAAUUAUUAACUGAGAAAAAUAGAAAAAAUGAAGAGCACAAUAAAAAUAAAAAUAUUAAUAAUAAUUAUUAUAAUAAUGAUUUUGAAAGGGAACAAAAUGAACAAAGAAAAGAUAAAAUCAUUACUAGUAAUGAACUUAUAGAUAUUUGUAACAACAUAGAAGAAAAAAAUCCUUUCUUAUUUUUUCCUAACUCACAAUUAAAUAACACUAUAAGUAAUAUACAAUUUGAAAAAAAAAAAUAUAAAAAUAAUUUCUUAAUUGAAGAAGUUUAUGAUUUUAAGAAUUUGAAAAAUCAAAAUUCAUUACAAUCGACAAACACAAAGAAAUGUAUUGUACAUAAUGAAGAAAAAAUAAAUUAUCAUGAUAUAUAUGAUGAUAUAAAAACAUGUCUACAUAUUUUUAAACAUUUCUUUUUCGAUAAUGUACCAAAGGUUGUUCAUAUUGAAAAAGAAAAUAAAAUAAAUAUACAACACACAAAUUAUGAUAUACACUCUAUGAAAAAUCAAGCUGAUCAUUUCUUUUCUCACAAGCAAUAUUAUGCAGCUCUUAAUAUGUACAACGAAAUAAUGGAAAAAUGCAAAAGUGAAGAGAGUGUUUUUUACUGCUCUCUCCUCAGUAAUCGUAGUUCCUGCUUUAUAAAAAUGAAAAAAAUUAUAAGCUCCUUAUGUGAUAUUCACCAAGCAAUUAAAAUCCUUCUGUCGUUACUUGAAAAACAUGUCGAAUAUAUAAAGAAAGAUAACAGAACAGAACUAGAAGAUAAAGAUAUUAACAAAAUGUUUGCGAGUAUAGAUAUACAAACAUUUAAAAACAUUGAAGGAAUAUAUAUGAAAACGCAUAAGCUAUUAAUAAGACUAUUAUUUAGAUAUGCUAGCUAUUCAUAUAUUAACCCUAAAUAUUUUAAGGUCUUUUCAUUAAAUGAGAUUGAUACACUUGUCAAAUUAAAUGGAAAAAUCUAUAUAGAUCUUCCUGAACUAGACAAACUAAAGAAAGACGUUUAUUCCAAGUUAUAA